AUGGAAAGGACAACGCAAAAAAAAAGUAAGCAGUGUCUCGCUCCGCUUGUUAAGACAGCCCAAUAUUGGGGCAUGAAUAAGGUUCAACACUACGAGUGGGCUUCGAUGAGACUCAAGUACUGUGAUGUACUUGCAGCUGCUGCUUCUCGAAAUCCUACAGGCAAAACCAACUUUGAAAGGAAAGGCCGCAGAGCAUACACUCUGAAGUAUAAGACAAUUACCCAAUCUGAUCUGCCAGUUAACUAUGUACUUGACCGGUUCGGUGUCAUUGCGGCUGCAGCAUGUCAAUCUACUCCAUCAACAUUCACCGCGACGGAGCUUAAAGUCCCAUAUUAUCCGCACAAAGUUGCGAACAUAUUUACAAGAAGUAAAGUAUUGCGUCUACUACUUGUGCAGGGUUAUUUUGUAUUAAUUAUACUUUCUUUGUUUAUAUAUACGAAUACAGGCCAUCAGUUGUAUCCUAUGUAUAUUAGUCUAAUUGAAAUGAUAACAUAA